UUUUUUUUUUUUUUUUAACCUUCGGGUCGCAAUUUCUUGGUCAAAAAAAAAGAGUGAGGGAGGGGAGGGAGGAAAAGAGUAGGAGUUUUUUUUUUCUUAAAAUCAAUUUGGGAAUUAGGUGCCAUUGGUGUUCUUUCUCUUUUUUUCCCUAUACUUUAGUGGUCAUCAUCCAAAAUGGUAUUGAAGCACAACAAUCAAUUGCCCAACCAGCAUUUCCGUAAGCAAUGGCAACGCCGUGUCAAGACCUGGUUUGACCAAGCUGGUCGCAAGAAGGCCCGUAGAGUUGCUCGUGUUCAAAAGGCUACUCGUGUUGCUCCUCGUCCUGUUGAUGGUCUUCUUCGUCCUGCUGUCCGCUGUCCUACUCUUCGUUAUAACAUGAAGUUGCGAUCUGGUCGUGGUUUCACUCUCGAAGAAAUCAAGGAAGCUGGCCUUACUCCCAAGUAUGCUCGUACUGUUGGUAUUGCUGUCGAUCACCGUCGUCGUAACAGAUCUCAAGAAUCCCUUGAACUUAAUGUCCAACGUUUGAAGGCUUACCAAGCUAAGCUUAUUGUCUUCCCUCGUAAGGCUGGUAGCCCCAAGAAGGGUGAUUCUGAAGCUGCUGAAGUUGCUUCUGCUGUUCAAUUCAAGGGUGCUCUCUUCCCUGUUCAACAAGUUGCUGCUGCUCCUGAAGCUCGUGCCAUCACUGCUGAAGAAAAGUCCACCAAUGCUUACAUGAAGCUCCGUUAUGCUCGCUCUGAAAAGCGUACUCUUGGUGCCCGUGAAAAGCGUGCUCGUGAUAAGGCUGAAGAAGAAGCUAACAAGAAGAAAUAGAUUUAGUUUGAUCAUCACCCAUUUGAUAUUAUCCCACUUUAUUAGUAUAGUCUCUCUCUUUUGUCAUCUUCUAUCAUCAUUUUUUUUUAUUGUGUGUUUGUUGGGAAUGAAAAACAAUAAAAUUUGUAUCCUCAUAUA